CUACGGACGAGGGCCAACGAGAGCUCGCCCAAAGGGCAACAAAAUCCGACCUAGCACGGUGCGGGCACCGCUGCCACAGCUGCAACUCAAACGUCAGCGAAGCAAGGCCAGCGGAGGUAGCUGUGACCAUGGAAGCGAUAGAGAUAGGAAAGGAGAAAAGGGGCAAAGGACUCGCAUCAGAAGGAACGCUUGUCCUGUUCUCUAAACUCUGACCGCCAGUCCCUUUAUGGGAACUCGGGUUGCGCCAUUAAACCCCAGUAUUUUAAAUAUUUGAGUUGGAAACCUCGAAUAAACCUGGACUAAACUCAGACGCGGGACGUGAAUAGUAGGUUUCAGCGCAGUUUUCUUCCCUUCCCAGGAAAGCACGAGGCUCAUGCACUGGGCUGUAAUGUGCAGGAAAGCUUUUGCUCCUUUAAAAUAACGCGUCGUUCCAAAGGUCAGGGAUUCCAGUCUGUUUUCUAUCUGGCGAUGUUGUCGUAGAGGCCGCAAGCACUUUCUGUUUCCUCAUCUAGCUAUGCUCAGGCUGGUGUGUUUACUGUGCAGUAAACGCCCUUGCUAAUUCAAAGCGAACUCGGAAGUAAGCUCUGCUAUGUAUAUGUCUAGUUUCAGCAAUCUAUAGAGAAUACGGAAGCAAAAGUGAUUCCGCAAAACGCCCGUGCGUUCCUUUCGGGUGUCGUUCGAUAACACGAGAUUUACUGCAAUAAAAGUCAUUUGGCCAGCCCUCUAGAGAUGAGCACAGACAAAGAUGAGCUGCUUUGCACGCCAGUCGAUAAUGGAAAAGCCGCUCCUGCUGCUGUGAUGGAAGAUGAGAAUAAACUAGCUAAGCAGAGACCUCAGCCAGAGAGCAGAGCUCGCGCUGGUCCCUGCAGUGCAACGGUGGCAGACAAUACGAAGCGAUUUAAGCUAAGUAACGUCCAGGCACAAUCCAUCCAAGAAAGCCCUGGGAUGUCACAGCCAAAGGCAAGGAAGGCAUCAGGGCCUCCAGUUACCACAGAAGAGAAACGAAGGAAAGGGUUUUUUAGCAUACCAUUUUCUAAAGGCAAAAAAGAAAAAGGCAGUCCUUGUGAUAAAAUGUCAAGCACAAGCAUCAGCCACAAAUUAAUUGCCAAUGAAGACAGUGCAUGUCACCUGCAGAGGGCUCAAGCAGAUGUCUUGAAAACAUCUCUGGUCCAUCAAGAGAAGUAUCUCAAGAGGAAAGAACAGCUGCCUGCGUCAGUCAUCCCGUGCCCAAUGGAGUUCUCUGUCGACUUAGAGGAGGACCUGUACCGUGAUGCGGAUGAAAUAGAGAGAGAGAAAGUGUUACUUGAGAGUGGGACAGACUCUCCAGAUUUUCCAGAAAAUAAACUAAGUGUUGAACCUGAAGUAGAUAUCAUGGAUUAUUCCCAAGAAGAGUGGCGAGGAAACACAUCCUAUGCUGAAUGUAUUCGGAAGGGCUAUGAAGCUGUUUCACAUAAAUUUAUUUCAAUAAGAAGAGUGCGAGGAGAUAAUUACUGUGCUCUCCGGGCAACACUAUUUCAAGCACUCAGCCAAGCUGCUCAACUUCCUCAGUGGCUCCAGAAAGAAGACCUGAUGUUGUUACCAGAAAAGUUGAUGGUCAAAUAUGAAUGGAUUACUCAGUGGCGACUCAGGCACAUGUGGACAAGUAAAGUGGAAAGUCUCAUGGAUGAAAUUAAAGAUUGUUUGAUGCUACUAAAAAGAAAGUGGAAAAAUAUGAGUGACAUGAAGACCUUUGUAGAGAGGCAAGCAGCCUGUGACGAGCUUUUCAGAAGUGAGGAAGAGGAAUACAAACUCUACGAAGCGGUAAAGUUCCUUAUGCUGAGCACCGCCAUCAAAUUGUAUGAAGACAGUGAGAAGGGCAAAGAGGUCCCUGUGUUCUCUUGGCUUUUGUUUGCUCGUGAUACAUCCAGCAAUCCUUCCCAGUUAAUGGUAAACCACUUGAAUCAACUUGGCUACACGGGAGGCCUUGAACAAGUCGAAAUGUUUCUCCUAGCCUAUGCUUUGCAGCAUACCAUCCAGGUUUAUCGACUGUAUAAGUACAGAACAGAAGAAUUCAUCACCCUUUAUCCCAAUGAUCCGGAAGAAACCUGGCCUUUGGUAACCCUUAUAACAGAAGAUGACAGACAUUAUAAUAUUCCUGCUCGAAUGUGUGAGGAGACCAGUGUAUAGUAGAUAUUCCCUUCCAGUUAUAUAAACUGAAUAAAUGAUGUAAAAGUAAGCUUCUUAAUUUCUAAUAUUAUUUGGAUUGUGACAGUUAAUUUAACAACACUUUGGAUCAACUGAAAUCAAAUACCUUACAACAUAUCUUUCACAAAAUUAUCUUAUAAACUCCAUAGUUUUUCCUGUUUAUUUGUGAUAUUGCUUACUUGAUUAUGUGCUAUCAAAUCGGUGU